AAUAGAUAUUACAAUAGGAUUAGAAAGAUAUUCCAAAAAAUGUAAAACCGAAAAUUCCGGGGUCACCCAAUUUCAUCACAGCCCGAUUGAUUCUGGUAUCCGUCAGUCAUGAUUGAUGAUUCCAUAACCCCGCACUGACGCAUCAGUCCCACAUCAGUACCUAUAAAAUGGGGGUGGGCAGGGGCCUAGUUCACAAGAAUACUGACGCUUGGACUCCACUCUAAGUCAAAUAAAGUCAAAUUUCUCGGUGACUAUAGCCGGACCACCACGGUUCCCUACCAUGAACGGCGAUCACCGGAGCAAUGAGACCACACCAGAAUCACCAGAGUGCUCCACACCCUUCGGAGCUUCAUUGAUCACCGACGAGCUUUGUGAAUUGUCUCUGAAUGACGACGAAGAGGCCACGGUAGAGGAAUCCAACCCCGUGAAGGAUCCCAGAAGAGUCGCGAGAAAGUACCAGAUUGAUUUGUGUGGGAAAGCUCUAAAAGAGAAUGCUGUUAUAUAUCUAGGAACUGGUUGUGGCAAAACACAUAUUGCUGUUCUGCUUAUGUAUGAAAUGGCCCACUUGAUAAAGAAACCCCAGAAGAAUGUAUGCAUCUUUCUUGCUCCAACAGUGGCUUUGGUCGAGCAGCAAGCCAAGGUCAUUGAGGAAUCGGUUGAUUUUAAAGUUGGGACAUAUUGUGGGAGCUUAAAGCGUAUAAAAACUCAUCAUGACUGGGAAAAGGAAUUGGAGCAGUAUGAGGUCCUUGUUAUGACCCCUCAAAUCUUGCUUCAUAAUCUUUCCCACUGCUUUAUCAGGAUGGAAAUAAUCGCCCUUCUUAUAUUUGAUGAGUGUCACUAUGCUCAAAUUGAAAGCAAUCACCCUUAUGCAGAGAUUAUGAAGAUAUUCUACAAAUCAGAUUCAGAAAAACUUCCUCGUAUAUUUGGCAUGACGGCAUCUCCCAAAUUAGGAAAAGGUGCUUCCAUUGAAGGUCUUGAGAAUGUAUUACGUGCUAAGGUUUAUGCAGUUGAAAAUACAGAUGAACUGUCCCAAUUUGUGGGAUCUCCAAAGGUCAAUGUUUACUAUUAUAGUUCACCUAAAGAGGGUUCUGUUAUGGUGUUCUGUGAUAAACUUGAGACACUAAAGUACAAGAGUGUAUCAGAGUUGCAUAAGAAAAGUGGUGAUCAAACCACUCUUAUGAACACAAAAAGGACGCUUAGAAGGUUGCAUUCACACCUGCUCUUCUGUCUUGAAAAUCUCGGUCUUUGGGGGGCAUUACAGGCUAGCCAUGUUCUUAAAAAAAGUGACAACUAUGAACGGAGAGGGAAUGCCAUUGACAACUUUCUAUGUGAUGAAUAUCUAACUCCAGCUGCUGCAAUAUUUGCUUCUGGCUGUAAAAGAGAUUAUUUGGCACAUUUGGAGGUUCUUGAAGAGCCUUUUUUCUCCCAAAAGAUGUUACGACUUAUUCAAAUCCUUUCUGACUUUAGGGUUCGGCCGAACAUGAAAUGCAUAAUUUUUGUCAAUAGGAUUGUGACUGCCAGGUCUUUGUCAUUUAUACUUCAGAAUCUGAAGCCUUUAAAUUUAUGGAAGUGUGGUUUCCUUGUUGGGGUUCACUCAGGAGUGAAGAGUAUGUCACGCAAAAAUACAAACACCAUUCUUGACAAAUUCCGCUCUGGUGAGCUCAAUCUAUUAGUGGCAACCAAGGUUGGAGAGGAAGGUUUAGAUAUUCAAACAUGCUGUUUGGUAAUACGCUUUGAUCUUCCAGAAACUGUUGCCAGCUUUAUACAAUCAAGAGGUCGUGCACGUAUGCCAAUUUCAGAAUAUGCCUUUUUGGUCAACAGUAACAACCAGAAGGAGCUUCAUCUAAUCAAUCAUUUUAAAAGGGAUGAAGCAAAGAUGAAUGGCGAAAUUCUUUUCAGAGAAUCUCCAGGGACAUUCAGCGAUUUUGAUGAAAGAACAUACAAAGUGGAUACUACUGGAGCAACUAUCAGCUUUGCUUCAAGUAUUUCAUUACUUCAUAGAUAUUGUUCAAGGCUUCCACAUGAUGAGUUUUUCAACCCCAUACCAAAGUUCUAUUUUAUCGACGAUACUGAAGGAACUAUUUGUCGGAUAAUCUUACCUGCCAAUGCUCCUAUUCAUCAAAUUGAAAGUGCUCCACAAUCUUCAUCAGAAGCAGCUAGAAAGGAUGCUUGUUUGAGAGCUUGCAAGACCUUACAUGAACUUGGGGCUCUUACUGACUAUCUUUUACCAGAUCUAGGCGAGAAAGAUGAAGCGGUGCAAGACUUCUUAGAUUCAGAGGACUCUGAUGAUGAGGGUUCAAGAAGAGAACUCCAUGAGAUGCUUGUUCCAGCUGUCUUUAGAAACCCAUGGACUGAAACAGAAAAUCCUGUUUGUCUACACUCCUACAAUAUCGAUUUCUAUCCUAAUCCUGCUGAUAGAGAUUAUAAGAAGUUUGGCCUGUUUGUCAAAGCACCUCUUCCAAAAGAUGCCGAGAAAAUGAUACAUGAUUUUCACUUGUCUUUUGGUAGAUCUAUAUCAACAGUACUUAAUCCAAAUGGAGCUGUGAAGUUUGGCACCAAUGAGAUAAAACUAGCUGAACAGUUCCAGCAGAUGUUCCUAAAGAUUAUUCUUGACCGAAAAGAGUUCAUUCCAGAAUUCAUGUCGUUGGGAAGAAAGGAAUUUAGUCAUUCAAUUUCAACAUUUUUCCUGUUGCUUCCUCUGAAUUCACAUGAGGAUAACACAAAAUUUGUUGACUGGAAACUUGUCCGGAGAUGUUUGUCAUCCCCAAUUUUUAAUUCUUCGGAGUAUGCUCAGGAAGAUAGGAUUUCUCAACUUCACAACCAGCUACAACUUGCUAAUGGUCCAAAAAGUGUAAAUGACAUUGUGAACAGCUUGGUGUAUUUGCCAUGCAAGGAGAAAUUUUUCUUCGUCUCUGAUAUUGUUGUGAACAAGGAUGGGUACAGCUUGUAUAAAGAUUCCACAAACCAUGUGACUCAUUAUGCUAACCGGUUUGGCAUUCAUCUUUCCUACCCUGGACAGCCACUUCUUAAAGCAAAACAGCUUUUCUGCUCUGACAACUUAUUAAGAAAGAAGGGAAAUGCAGAGUUGCGUGAAAAAGAGGAGCACUUUUUUGAACUGCCUCCAGAACUGUGUCAGCUAAAGAUUGUUGGUUUCUCAAAAGAUAUAGGAAGUUCUUUAUCAAUUUUGCCAUCAUUUAUGCAUCGCCUUGAAAGUUUGCUUGUUGCUAUUGAAUUGAAAGAGCAACUAGCAGCUGCUUUCCCUGAGGGAGGUGAAGUCACUGUGGGCCAUGUUCUUGAAGCAAUCACAACAGAGAAAUGCAGUGAGCACUUCUCUUUGGAAAGGCUUGAGGUUCUUGGUGAUGCAUUCCUUAAGUUUUCUGUUGGGAGGUAUACAUUUCUCUCAAACAAUGCCCUAGAUGAAGGACAGCUGACUAGUAGGCGUUCAAACAUUGUAAACAAUUCAAACCUGCAUAAGCUGGCAAUUAAAAGUGGAUUACAGGUAUACAUUCGUGAUCAUGUAUUUGAACCCGACCACUUCUAUGCACUGGGUCGUCCUUGUCCAGUAAUAUGUAAUAAACAAACAGAAGAUGGCAUCCACAUGCUUUCUAGCACUGAGAAAAAUGGUGCCAGCGAUGAAGUUAGAUGCAGCAAAUCCCAUCACUGGUUGAUGAAGAAAACAAUUGCAGAUGUGGUUGAAGCCCUAAUUGGGGCAUUUAUAGUUGACGGUGGUUUCAAAGCAGCUACUGCAUUUCUGAAAUGGUUAGGCAUCCAAGCUGAUUUCAGUGCCUCAGAAGUUGGUGAUGCUUGCUCUGAAAGCACAAAGUUUAUGACCCUUGCCGAUAAAAUAGAUAUUCCAUCUCUUGAAAAAACAUUGGGCUAUCACUUUGUUCACAAGGGCUUACUUAUCCAGGCGUUCAUCCAUCCCUCUUAUAACUAUCAUGGUGGCGGUUGCUACCAGAGAUUGGAGUUCCUUGGAGAUGCAGUUCUAGAUUAUUUAAUUACAUCUUAUCUCUAUUCGGUAUAUCCAAAACUGAGGCCUGGCCAGUUCACUGAUUUGAGAUCAGCUUCAGUCAAUAAUAAAACCUUUGCUGACAUCACUGUACGUCAGUCCCUCCACAAACAUAUUAUUUGUGAUUCACUGAGUCUUCAGGAGGCAAUCACUGCAUAUGCCGACUUCACGGGAAAAUCAGAUUCUGAGAAAGGUGUGAUUGAAAAGCCAUAUCUUCCUAAGGUUCUUGGUGACAUUGUGGAGUCUUGUAUGGGCGCCAUUCUUCUUGAUACUGGGUUUGAUUUGAAAAUUGUCUGGGACAUAGUACUCUCUUUGGUAGACCCCACAAGUUGUUUCUCAAGGCUGCAGCUUAAUCCUUUGAGGGAACUUAUUGAGCUUUGCCAGUUUUAUGGAUGGGAUCUGAAAUUCCAGAAAAGAAGGAGUGUUGGAAAAUGUAUAGUGAAAGCAGAAGUGGAAGGGAAAGAAGUUUCUGCUACUGCAUCUGCUAUUAACAGAAAUUCGAAAACUGCCAAACAAAUGGCAUCAGAACAAACCCUUGCACUCUUGAGGGCUAAAGGCUACACACUCAAGACUAAACGUCUUGAAGAAGUUUUGAAAAGUGCGGUCAAGAUGGAACCCGAAUUGGUCGGAUAUAAUGAAGUACCUUGCUUUAUCACUGCAAAGUUCAACGAGUCAAAUUUGCAGCAACAUUCUGUAAGUGAUGGUAGCUUCAACAUAAGACCUCUUUCUGAGAUACUCUCUGAAAAACUGCAUGGGAAGGCCAAACCUACUCGAAAAACCCUGUUGUCUGCUAAAGCUGAAGAGAGUUCACAGGAGGCUAAUGGCUGCAGUGCAGAUUCUCUUGUCAGAGGAAGUUCGCGGACUGCAACUGCCAAGUCACGCUUGUACGAAAUCUGCACAGUGAACUGUUGGAAACCUCCUGUUUUUGAAUGUUGUGACGAAGCAGGUCCUAGUCAUUUAAAAGAGUUUAAGUUUAAAGUGACGAUAGAAGUUGAUGAAAAGUCGAGGGUCAUAGUGGCGUUUGGAGAAGCUCGAUUGAAAAAGAAGGAUGCUGCUGAGCAUGCUGCCGAAGGGGCACUUUGGUACCUGAAGAAAGAAGGAUAUACACUGGAUUAAAAUUUAUGAGCUGGCUUGGCUUGCUGUACAUAUCUGUGUUCAUGAUAUGAAGCUCACUGUAAUUGCUCUUUUUGUAUAAUCCUUCUUUGAACUGUUGUGACUAGAAUUGUGUAGUCCAGAAGAAACAUCGAAGGUAGCUUAACCAGUCUGAGUAUGCUUUUUCUUUGUAUAUUUUUAGCUCCAAAGUAGGUGAACCCAGUGCAGAGAUGGUAUGUCCUUGUACAUGCUGUUGCCUGUUGCUGUCUAUCCCGGAAUUGUUCAUCAAAGUUUCCAAUGGUGAUCAUGUAGUGGCAACAAAGCAGAUGCAUUUGUUCACCCAUUAUCCAAUGGGUAAUUUAAUCUCAAUAGGAACUGUCCCAACACGUAACGGUAUAAGUAUAACCACCUGUAAACGAAGACUAUUUACUUAAAUGAGAAAUGAUCUUUUUAUUAAUAUAUUCUUAUAUAUAAUUAAAAA